AUGGACGAUUUGGAUACUGCAAUUUUUGUGUACUCCGCUAUACGAGUAUUACGAAAAAAAAAACGCGUGAAUCGAAAAUGGUGGGUUCACCCAAUAAAUAGUGAGCGAUUAUUAAAUGGUGCAUUUUACAACCUUUAUAACUUGCUGAGAGCUGACAAUGCGAAAUUUUUUAAUUAUUUUCGCAUGUCACAAAGCACAUUUGACGAACUAUUCAAUAAAAUUAAAACGAAAAUAAUGCGUCAAGAUACAGUUAUGAGAUCUGCGAUACCAGCAGAAGAGAUGUUGGCAGUUACUUUGAGGUAA